GGCGUACACUAUGUGAGGGAGGGUCUACGUGGCGUCGUGUCAAGCAAGAACACCAGCCGAAGCUGUGAUAGUAUAUAAACCCCAGCUAGUGACUGCGUAGCAACAGUGUUCCUUCACAACUCUACAGUACUACCAGUCACCGAUAUGUUCCACAAGGUCGCUUUCGCAGGGUUGGUGGUGCUGAGUCUGGCUGCUGCUGCUAAUGCUGGAGAUUACCAACCAAUCUACAAGUCGGAACCGCUGCCCUACUACUACGACUACAGUGUACAUGACGGCUACAAGGGCACCAACUUCGGCCAGCACGAGAAGUCUGACGGUAAAGCUGUGUACGGUUCCUAUACCGUCGACCUCCCCGACGGUCGCAAACAAAGGGUGGACUACACAGCUGACCACUACAGGGGCUACGUGGCCAAGGUCAGCUACUACGGCAAGGCUCAGCACCCUAAACACUACGGCCCCGCCAUCACCUUCUUCAACAAGGGCUACGGAUACCAUUAACACCUUGGAACAUUAACAACCUUAACUAUUUUAUUUAUGUAGAGUAUAUGUGGAGGAAUAAACGAAAAUGAUCUGAAAAUGUAUCACUGAAAUC